AUGGCACAAAAAGUUGGGGUCUCCAAGCUCGAGACUGUUAAUACUGGCGACUAUGAUCCUGAUGCUGGACUCAGCGAUGAAGAGAGAGCAAGAAUAGACAAAGCUCUCGUCCGAAAACUCGACUUCAAACUCAUCCCAUGGCUCUCGUUCCUAUACCUCAUCUCCUUCCUCGAUCGAACAAACAUCGGCAAUGCCAAAGUCGACGGCUUGGCCAAAGACCUCCAUCUCACGCCUGGCCAAUACAACGCAACACUCUCUAUUUUUUUCGUCUCAUACUCGGUCUUUGAGCCCUUGACCAACGUCUUGCUUAAGAAAUGGAGACCUAGUGUCUUUCUUCCCGUCAUCAUGACACUCUGGGGUGUAGUCAUGGUAACCAUGGGAUUAUGCCACAACUUCGCUGGCCUUGCUACUGCACGCUGGUGGCUAGGUUUUGCAGAGGCAGGACUCUUCCCUGGUGUUAACUACUAUCUGUCGUGUUGGUACAAGCGCAAGGAACUUGGUAUCAGAGCAGCCAUCUUCUUCUCGGCGGCAGCACUGGCAGGAUCAUUCGGUGGACUCUUGGCAGCUGGAAUCGCUCAGAUGAAGGGAGUUGGAGGCAAGCCAGGUUGGGCUUGGAUCUUCAUUCUUGAAGGCUUGGUCACCGUAGUCGUUGGCAUUGUUUCUUACUGGAUGGUCCACGAUUUCCCCGACGAGGCAACUUUCCUCUCUGUCGAUGACCGCGCCAGAGUAAUCAGAAGACUCAAAGAAGACCAGCAAGCAAGUGCCGAACAUGAGGAAUUCAAAAUGACCUACUUCUGGCAAAGCAUCUCGGACUGGAAAACCUGGUGUUUCGCAGUCAUCUACAUGGGAGCCGACGGCGCACUCUACGCCUUCUCUCUCUUCCUGCCCACCAUCAUCAACGCACUCGGCUACAGCGGUACAACAGCAAACUUGCUUUCCGUACCUCCCUACGCCUGCGCUGCUGUAUUUACUGUCGUCAUCGGUGCUAUCGCGGACAGAACGCAAAAGAGAGGGUUGAUCAAUGUGUUUGUGUCGCUGAUCGGAAUCGUGGGCUUUGUCAUGUUGAUCGCGAGUCAAAACCCGCAUGUCAAGUAUGCGGGCACUUUCUUGGGUGCUCUGGGCAUUUAUCCUCUCAUCAGUAACAGUGUCACCUGGUGCUCCAACAACGUCGAAGGAGCCUACAAAAGAGGUGUCACAAUCGGCAUCGUCAUCGGAUGGGGUAACUUACAAGGCGUCGUGAGCUCAAAUAUCUACAGAGCUAGGGACAAGCCAAAAUUCUACCUCGGUCACGGAGUAGUGUUGGCAUACCUGUCUCUCUUCCUGUUCUGCGGCAGCUUGAUGACACACCUCUUACUCAAGGCCGAGAACAAGAAGAGACAAGCAGGCAAGCGCGAUCACUGGGUCGAGGGCAAGGACGACGCAGAGAUCAGAAUGUUGGGAGACAAGAGACCCGACUUCCUCUACGUCACGUAA